GUGGCUCUUACACUUGCUUUUAACACCUUCCACCUUAUAAACCAGUCACAUUUGUGCAGAUGGUAAAACAGGGCAGUGCUUCGCCACCCCGUGACUGUGAGACAAACGCCGGGAUGGAAACGUGUCUCUGUUUGGGUCGCAGUGGCGCGGCCUGCGUUUCCGCAUUGGCUGAAAGAGUGCUGUCAUAGCGAGAGAAUGAAUAAUCACAACUAUAGUACUUUAUUUCAGAAACCAAAAGGACGGACGAAGAUUAUACAAUGUAUUUAUGUGGUGGGCUUCAUGGAUUUGUUUGGAGUGAGCAUGAUCAUCCCUCUGUUGAGUCAUCAUGUAAAAGCUCUUGGAGCCAGUCCCACUGUGGCCGGUUUAGUAGGAUCUACAUAUGGGAUCUUACAGCUCUUCUCAAGCACAGUAGUUGGCAGCUGGAGUGAUGUGGUAGGACGGCAGUUCUCUCUGCUGACCUGUCUGCUGCUGAGCGCUGUAGGCUAUGGCCUGCUGGGGAUGUCCACUAGCAUCGCGCUGUUUGUCCUGGCACGGAUACCUGUGGGGCUGUUCAAGCAUUCCCUGUCCAUCUGCAGAGCCCUGCUGUCGGACCUAGUGUCUGAGUCAGAGCGCCCUCUGGUGAUGGGACACUUUAAUGCAGCCUCGAGUGUUGGCUUCAUCCUGGGUCCUGUGGUCGGUGGCUACCUCAAUGAGCAUGAAGGAGGCUUUUAUACCUCCUCCUUUACUUGUGCAACAAUCUUCAUUAUUAAUGCAGGGCUGGUAUGGAUGUUACCAUGGAGCCAAACACUAGUUCACCAUAAUGAUACUAACUCAAACAAAAACACAAGUAAACAUCGUCAUGACAACCACUCUAGUCAGUCUUUGCACAAUGGUUCUCAUACACAUAGUGGCCACCCACUGCAAGCAGCAGACACUGAACCAGACUCCAGUGCUCCAGGGAAGCAGCGAGGUGGUCCCAGGUGGAAGGAGGUGUCUCUGCUCCAAUCUGCCUGGAGACAACUGUCCUCAGUAGGGUCCAAGAUCCACAUGGUAGUCACCUCUGACAUGUGGGACGUCUUCCUGGUGCGUUUCCUGAUGGGCGUAGCUGUCAUGCUCUACUAUAGUAACUUCUCUUUGGCCAUGGAAGAGCGUUUUUUUUCAGGUUAUCUGAUCAGCUACAGCAGCACCUUAGGGGCCCUGGCUGGGUUCCUGGUGGGGCCGGUCACGCAGCUCUAUAGGAAUAACAUGCCUGCUCUGCUGCUUCACUCUACAGUGCUCACCUGCAUACUUAUUUUCCUCUAUGCUACUGCGCCCAGUGUCUGGCAAGUGCUGCUGACCUCAACCUUCUUUGCCAUUUCUACCACUGUUGGACGGACAUGUAUCACAGACCUGGAGCUGCAGAGGGGGGGAGUCCAGGCCAGUGGGACUCUGAUUGGAGCCGGACAGUCAGUUACAGCUGUGGGUCGCAUCCUGGCUCCUCUCCUUUCUGGUUUGGCUCAGGAGUUCAGCCCAUGCGGCCCCGCUAGUCUGGGAGUGAUCCUGGCUCUAGCAGCUGUAGGUUUACUGCUGAUCAGGAUCCCCAAAUGGGACAAGAGUGGGCUGACAAAAAUUGCCAAACACUGAGUGAACAUAAAAUUAUGAGAACAACUCAUCCACUGCUCAGAGAAGUACUCUUAUUUGUAGGAGGCUGGCUGUGAAGGACUCACAGUGGGAAUGAUGUGUCUCACUCAAGCAUGCUUCUUGAGAAGAGGCCUAUUGCUGAACAAAUUUGUGGGUCAAAACAGCACAUCACCACCAGCACUGCAGUCCUUCUCUCAGAAAGAAAGGAUUCAGACUCGAAAGCAGCGUUGCUGAAACAAUUAGCCUCCUUCUCUCUGUGCUGAAGUUUGAUCAGACAGAAAUAUAUGGCUCUGGAUGGCUUGACUGGAAACACCACUGAAUUCUGUAACCACUACAUGGUCUAAAUUCACUUAAGUUACUUGUAUGUAGCUUUUCUGAUGAUGCACUGCAGGCCUAAAGGACUUCUACUCUUCUUCUUCUACUUUUGGCUGUUCCUGUUAGGGGUCACCACAGCGAAUUAUCAGUCCCCACCAAACUGACAAUGUGCACAUUAAACUUGGCAUGUUUUUUUUUUAUGUCGGAUGCCCUUCCAGAUAAUGGCCAAUUUGGUAGUUACCAAUCAACCUAAGCCGCAAGUCCAUGAACUGUAGAAGGAAGCCGGAGCAUCUGGAGAGAACCCACGCAGGCACAGGGAGAACAUGCAAACUUUGCACAGAAAGGCACCGGUUCGGCCAGAGCUCUAACCCGGAACCUUCUUGUUGUGGUACAACAGCACUAACCCCAUAAGGGACUUCAACUGCUUCACCCAAAUACACAAGGAGGAGGAAGGUGAUACUCUUUUCACAUUGCAGGCAGUAAUACUUUACACAUUUCUAAAUAAGAUUAAACUGUGGGGAAACUGGACCGCUUGACCACAACAAAGUACAGUAGAUCACAUGUUACUUUGAGUUGGGUUCACACGUUUUACCUCAACACCAUUGUUUUUUUUUCUAAUGCACUACAUCAGAAGUGGCUCCUCAUGUGGUACAUGAGCAAGAAUGCUCUAGGUUUUAACAGUUACUGAAAGUUAAUUAAUUUUGAUAUGUUUAAAAAGACACUUUAAAAAGUGAUUUUUUUUUUUUGUAAGUUACAUUUCAAGUGAAUUCUGGGCAAUACUGUUGUUUAAAAACUUGAACACCACUUGGAUAUGAAGGAAAAGGGUAUAUUGUACAUUCAUGUAAAAAAAAGUACAUGCCAGAUCAAUAAACAACAGUUUGUUUGUCUAUGGUGUUUUAAAGUGUACAUGAAAAACUGAAAUCAAUGCUGUAGUGUGCAUGGACAUACCUGCUUUGGGUUGCUUUCUUCCUGUCCUCAGUAUGUCCCUGCAUCUGAGGAAAACCCCCAUAGCAGGAUUGUAGGAGUGGAAUUAACCAACUGAUGAACAGCGGUGUUCUGCCCAGAGAGUUCCUUGGAUUUCAUAGCUUGGCUUUUGUCCCAACAUACCGUGUAAAUUAUGGGAUUAAAAAGGAAAUAAACCCUUUUUCAACAUGAAGUCUAUAUAAAAAAAAAAGUCAUACAGUCAGGCAUAUAAAAAAAUACAUCUUAUUCAAUCCAAAAUAAACACGGGUUACCAUGUAUAGUGUUACACAAUAUGUAUGUCAAGAGAAACAAUGUACAGUACAGGAUACAGAGAUCAAUUAUAAAAGUAAAGUUAGUUUGAAAACCCCCUAUCAUGAUCAAGAUUUUAGUUUAAAUCACUUUUUGGUGAAGACAAACUGCAUGUAACUGGUUAUACUGGGCUGUAGUGGAUGGUUAGCAGUGUUUUAAAAUAGACCACAAGAGUGAAAUAAAGUUAAUUUGGGUCAGAAAACCCGUCAAUAUCACAACAUUAGCUGUAAUCACAUCACCUGCUGCCUCUCCGGGUUUGAAUAUACAUCAGUUUGCUCAGUUAUUUUGAUAGUUUUGGUCAUUUUAAACUGGCAGUCUUUCCCACCACAACACUUUUCUUUUCCUUUUAGUGCUGAGGAUCUCUUUUUGUUUCCCUCCAGUUCUGUACAGUCUGUCCCCUAAAAAAGGUCCAUAAACUUCUGCAGGCAGGUGAUGAGUUCCAUCCAUCAGUUGUUCCCAUCUUUUUCUCCCCUAAGUUCCUACACCUUUCAGUUUGACUUCACAAUCACACACACACACUAACACCCCGUGAUAGUGUCAGUCCUGUGGUAAAGGAAGUCAUAAAUCCAUAAAUCAUAGCCAAAACCCUCUAAUGUAGACAUGUAAAUAUGGGAAAUAAUGAAAUUGGGCCAUCUUUUUAUCUAGCCCCAAUAAUUUAGUUGAUUUUCUUUAUUUAUUUAACAGGGGCAAUGCAUAUUACGGUAAUUAAAUUUGUCAAUAUGCCAGGGUUAGCCACAGAGGCAAAUUUUCAUGUGUAGUCCCUGAAUACAAAAGGAUAAAAUACAAAUUACAGUAAAACCUCAAAUAUGAAAUAGUCAGGUGCAGCACAAUAAAACAAUACUAAACAGUGCUAUCACCAGCAAUAUAUAAUAACAUAAUUCCAGCUGAUUUAUACUCAGUAAAAAUAGAUUUAAUAAAAUAAACUAGAUAAACAGGGGCACAGACCUUAUCCUACAGACCUGAUUACUGAGAAGCCAGCCAGAAGUAUAAGCCAGAAUUAGGGUGGAGGUGCAUGGGGUGAGGGGUGUGGCCGGGGGACAUCAAUCAUCUGUCACAACUAGUUUGACAGCUGCUAUAUUUUAUAUUAUCUCAG